UCUCAGAUUAAUUGAAUUCUAAAGCAACGUAACAUCACAUUGAUUGUGUUUCUAUUUUGAUUGUUUUGUUUUCUCAUUAAAUUGACAAUUAACUAAUUAGAAAUGGACGAUCGAUACAAUUAUCCGCCAAAUUAUCCACCAAGAAAUGACCUAAUAGCCGAAGAUUUUGUCACCAUUCAGACACCAAUGGACAACCAGGAGAACAUGUCACCUUACAUUUACAAUCCAACACCCUCACAAUAUAAUCCUUAUUAUGUUCCAACACCGACACCAAUGGUACCAUCUCCAUCACCUUCUUCCGUUUUCUCCCCAGCAACACCGACCGGUGACAUAAACACGGAUCCCUUUUACUCAUCAGAUGGUAUUGAUGAUCCUUUUGCCGGUGAACCUCCGCUAUUAGAGGAAUUAGGAAUUAAUUUCGAUCAAAUUAUGCAGAAAACAUUAGCAGUUAUAAUUCCCUUUAAGAAAACGGAACAAAGUAUUCUCCAUGAAAGUGAUCUUACAGGUCCAUUGGUGUUUUGCUUUGCCUUCGGAAUGUUUCUCCUUUUAUCGGGAAAACUUCACUUUAGUUAUAUUUAUGGAAUUGGAAUUGUUGGUUGUUUAUCUGUUUAUUUUCUACUCAAUCUUAUGUCUCCCGGUGCAACAUCGAUCACAUUGAUCUGUACGGUUUCCGUUCUAGGCUACAGUUUACUUCCGAUGGUCGUUCUUUCAGGAUUAUCUGUUAUAUUCAAUUUAAGCACCGGUGUAAUUGGUAAAUUUUUCGCCAUCACAGCAGUUCUUUGGUGUGCUUUAAGUGCCUCUAAACUUUUCGUCACAGCCUUAGCCCUACAGCGACAACAACCACUAAUUGCAUAUCCAUGUGCACUUCUUUACGGAGUAUUUGCCCUUCUAACAGUCUUUUAAACCCAAUGGACGAUUAACUGUCAACUGUUAACUCAAUUAACGCAUCAGAAACAAGAAUUGGGCAAAAAUGCAAAAUCAGUUGAACAUUUUACUACGAAUAUUUGUAAAAACAACUUAUAAUCAGAAUAAGAAAAUCAGACCAAUAUGAUUAUCUUAUUUGUUCAACUAAUAGAAUUAAUCUCUUCCUUUCUACCAUAUAUUCCUUUUUGUUUUCUCUUUCUAUUUAAAUUUAAUUCUUAUCAAAUUAAUCAAUUGAUUAUCAUAAUUAUCUUCUUAAAAGAUUAUGAUUCUCUACCCUUUGUGUACAGGUUUAAAAACGAUAAAAAUGCAAACUUAUCAAUUUAAA